ACCAGGAAGUGAAGGAUUUUUAUUCGGCUGUUAACACGUUCGGCUUACUAAGCUUGAAUCCGGACAUUCCCGUAAUAUUACCCCUGAUUUAUCGGAGCAACGCGUGCUGGCUUAAAAUGGAAAUCGAUCGAAGAUGCGAGUCAUCAAGAUGCAAAAAAACAUUUUCGUAUAUAAGGUCGACCGUAAAAAUGGUUAGUGGACGCUUGAUACCAUGUCCUCUCGGGUCAAAGUUGACCUUCAUGAUAUCCCCCUCCACAAACUCUAUGAGAUUCUUCUCCCUGUGACUGCUCCGUCUAAUGCCGUCUUUUCCAACUGGGCAGAAACUUUCAUUUGCACCCCUCUAGCUAUCUUCGAGCCGCGUAAUGAGUACCAUUGUGAACUCAUCUUAGAAUUGGCUAGGCGGGAAGGGAAGGUUGUUCGUGUGGCUGGAGUGGGACACAGUCCUUCGGACCUAGCAUGUACGAACGAGUUCAUGUUGCGUACAACCCACCUGAAUCGCGUUUUAACGGUCGACAAGCAGAAAAGACGCGUCGUUGUUCAAGGAGGAAUCACUCUACAUCAACUUCAUGCUUCACUUGCUCAACACGGUCUUGCAAUGAUCAAUCUUGGUUCCAUCUCCGAUCAGACGCUGGCCGGAAUCGUCACUACAGCGUCGCACGGAACCGGCAUUGAUUAUGGCGUUAUGUCUACUCAAGUUAUUUCUAUGAUUGUACUACUCGCCGACGGGUCUCGCGUCUACUGUUCGCGCAACGAGCAGCCGGAUUUAUUUCUAGCCACUGUGUGCGGUCUGGGAAGCACAGGACUAAUUUUAAACAUCGAACUAGCGGUCGAAUCUAGUUUCCAUCUGAAAGAGGUUCUCGAAUCUCGGUCUUUUGAAGACACACUUUCAAACUUGAAACAGCUCGUACACUCCUCGGAACAUACACGAUUUUUCUGGUUCCCAGCCACUGAUAUGAUGCGCGUCAGCAUGUCGAAUCGUACGCACGAGACCAAACGACCCGGUGGCAGUUGGUUCUAUGAUUCAUUCAUGGGAUAUCAUCUUGUGCAAUUGUUACUGUUUCUGGGCAUAUUUUUUCGAACUUGCAAUACUUGGGCUGGUUUGCUUGCCUCUUGGCUUGUCAGCAGCGCGUCCUCCAGAGUAGAUGACAGUUACCGCGUUUUCAAUGUGGAAUGCAGGUACCUUCAGCACACUACAGAAUGGGCUAUUCCAUAUGAGAACGUAGAACCGUGCCUUCGCAGACUACGCAAGUAUUUUCAUGAGAUACUUGUUGAUCCUCGGGAACGCCCUCAUUUCCCUAUUGAAAUUCGGUUUUCUGCUCCGGACGAUAUUUGGCUCAGUCCGAGUUACAAUCAGCAGACAUGUUGGAUUGGCAUUGUACAGUAUAAGCCGUACGGCUUCAAUAUUCCUUACAGAAAGUUGUUCGAAGGGUUUGAGAAUAUACUAUCAGUCUAUCAAGGUCGCCCUCAUUGGGCGAAAGCUCACAAAAUUGGUCCGCAGGAGUUUCGAACUUUAUAUCCCCACUUCGAAGAUUUCUUGCAAGUGCUACAGAAAGUGGAUCCGAAGGGAUUGUUUCGUAACGAGUACAUGCAACGCCAUUUCUUCGGACUACCUGUAGAUGGACGAUUGUUCAAGCAACGAAAGUAGAACUUUUAUCUCAUGUGUAGUAAUGUCCGUAAUAUUGUAUGCUCGAUAAUAUCAAUACAUAGAAGACGUAUCUCGCAUUCUAAUGAUCA